GUUUUCCGGGGAGCCAGUGAAGCUCCAGCCCUCCACCACCACGCUGCUCCCUCAAGUCCCGACCGUGAGCGGCGAGCUCGCCCCGGCCGAGAUUCGUCUCUUUGCCUGGAUGACAUUUUCUUCUCUCAAGUAGCUGCUUCGUGGUUUAUGCCGGUUGCGGACAUUGGAGAGGACUAGUCGGAGUGUUGGGGCCUCCUCGCCCGCAAGCCUCGUCUUUACGCUGCGCCUCCGUGGCCAUGGAUUGAUGGGUGUUUUUUUCCCCCCUGCGACCUCUGCCUCGACCAAGUUGAGAAAAGAGUGUGUUUAACCUGCGGCUCUCUCUUUUCAGCUAAAUGUUUCUUCCGGGCUGUUUUUGAAGUACCUGGCACCGGAUGAGCCUUCGCGGGUUGCCUCUUUGAACUUUUUUCCUUGUGCAUUUUUCCACCACCGACGUGGGAUUUGUGUGUGUAAGGAUUUCUUUUAACGUCGGGAUUCGUGAAGCCUGCAAAGAUUUUUUAGUGAAAAGUGAUGGCUGAGCGGGGAGCUCUGGGGCUCCUCUCGCUCCUCUCCUGUCUCACCUUUCUGUGCACGGCUGCAAAGCACGUCGACAAAGCAUCGGCACCGCAGCCCUUCAGUCCCUUCUGGUUCACAGUGGAGCCCCAAGACACGGUGGCCAUUCGAGGCAACUCCGCCCUGCUCAACUGCUCCGUGCACAGCAAUGCAGCCACGCCAGCACGCAUGGAGUGGAAGAAGGACGGCACCUUCAUGAGUCUAGUUUCAGAUGAGAGACGGCGCAUCCUUCAAGAUGGCUCCCUGCUCUUCACCCAUGUGGUUCAUUCAAAGCACAACAAACCUGAUGAGGGCACCUACCAGUGUGUUGCCACCAUUGAAAACCUGGGAUCCAUAUCUAGUCGUACGGCACGCCUCUUUGUUGCAGGAAUGCCCAGGUUUGUUAGCCAGCCAGCACCUUCCACGGUGCGUCUCGGUGACAGUCAGGUCAUGUCGUGUGAGAUCAACUCUGACCUUUUGCCCUUCACGCGGUGGGAGAAAGACCGUCAGCCCCUGGAGCUCAACUCAAGGCUGGUGCAGUUACCCAGUGGGGCCUUGGUUAUCAGCAAUGCCACCGAGGGUGAUGCUGGUUCCUACCGCUGCUUGGUGGAGAAUGUGGGGUCGUCAAAGUCCAGUGAGGAGGCACACCUUCAGAUGUUGCCAGAAUCCGGAGAAGAGAGGAAGUUGGAGUUCCUUAUGCAGCCUGUGUCUGUGACCAAGUUGCUGGGUGCCAGCGUCCUGCUCCCCUGUGUGGCCACGGGUUUUCCAACACCACACGUUCGAUGGAUGUUUAAGGACAAGCUGCUCGAGGAAAGUGAGGGUCGUGUGGAAUUACUCGGAGGUGGAAGUCUUCAGAUUUCCAAUCUUUCUCAAGACGACGCCGGCAUCUACACCUGUGUCGCUGACAACGCCAAUGCAACCAUCGAAGUCCAGGCCCAAGUCAUCGUGCAAGUUCCACCCCAGUAUGCGAAGCGACCGGCCAACAUUUACGCCCAUGAGUCCAUGGACAUCGUGUUUGAGUGCGAAGUCACAGGUUCCCCAGCCCCCACAGUUAAAUGGGUGAAGAACGGAGACGCUGUCAUCCCAAGCGACUAUUUCAAAAUAAUUAAGGAGCACAACCUUCAGGUUCUCGGCCUGGUCAAGUCUGACGAGGGGUUCUACCAGUGCCUCGCAGAAAAUGAUGCAGGAAACAUUCAGUCCAGCGCACAACUCAUCAUCUUGGAUCACGACGAAGCCCUGCCCCCUCUUCCUCCCCCCUCACUGACUCCUAACACUACUGACCAUGUAACACCAGGCUCCGGAGGUCCAGCCGGUAAAGCAGGGCCCACUCCCUCCGCCCCCCGCGACGUCGUGGCUUCGCUGGUCUCCACCCGCUUCAUCAAGCUUACCUGGCGCCCGCCGGCUGAACCACAUGGAGACGAGCUAACCUACUCUGUUUUCUACAGCCAGGAGGGCACAAGCAGGGAACGAGUUGUAAAUACCAGCCGACCAGGGGAGUUGCAGGUCACCAUCCAGAACCUGAUGCCAGACACCAAAUACCGCUUCAGGGUUGUGGCCCACAACAUUAAUGGCCAGGGAGAAAGCUCUUCAGGGCUGAAGGUGGCCACCCAGGCUGAAGUCCAAGUGCCCGGCCCGGCCCCAAACCUGCUUGCGACAUCGAAUACACCAACAUCCGUCGCUCUGAGUUGGGAUAAACCCCUCACGGGCAAUGGAGAGAUCCUCACCUAUAAGUUGUACUACACAGACAAAAGCCUUGGAAAUGAACAGGAUGUGGACGUUGACGGUCAGUCAUACACCAUGACCGGGUUGAAAAAGAACACGCAGUACAGUUUCCGUGUGGUGGCCAACAACAAGCACGGUCCAGGCGUCUCCACUGAUGACAUCACAGUCCGCACGCUCUCUGAUGUGCCAAGCGCCCCUCCCCAAAAUUUCACUCUGGAGGUUCAGAAUUCAAAGAGCAUCAUGCUUCGGUGGCAGCCCCCGCCUUCAAAUUCGCAGAAUGGGGAAAUCACUGGCUACAAAAUCCGAUACCGUAAAGGAUCACGGCGAAGUGAGACAGCAGAAACCACCGGGGGGACCCAGCUUUCCAAGCUCAUUGACGGUCUGGAACGUGGGACAGAGUAUUCCUUCCGGGUGUCAGCCAUAACCGUGAACGGCACAGGCCCAGCCACCGACUGGACCACAGCAGAGACGUUUGAGAGUGAUCUUGAUGAAUCACGAGUCCCCGACCAGCCCAGUUCACUUCACGUCCGUCCACUGGUCAACAGCAUCGUGGUGAGCUGGACGCCACCAGAGAACCAGGACAUUGUUGUACGUGGUUACACCAUCGGCUACGGCAUCGGCAGCCCUCACGCUCAGACCAUUAAAGUCGAUUACAAGCAGCGCUACUACACCAUCGAAAACCUUGACCCCAGCUCCCACUAUGUGAUCACACUCAAGGCCUACAACAAUCUGGGUGAGGGGAUCCCUGUGUAUGAGAGCGCCAUCACCAGGCCACAGUCAGACCCCAUAGACCCUGAUGUUGACCUGUACGAACUCUUCCAUGCUCCAUACACCCCAGUACCAGAUCCCACCCCCAUGAUGCCUCCUGUGGGGGUUCAGGCCUCCGUUCUGAGCCACGACACCAUCAAGGUGACCUGGGCGGACAACUCGCUGCCCAAGAACCAAAAGAUCACAGAUAACCGCUUCUAUACGGUGCGCUGGAAGACCAACAUCCCCGCCAACACCAAAAUGAAGAUGGCCAACGCCACCAACCUGUACCACAUGGUACCCGGACUGAAGGCCAACACACUCUACGAGUUCUCUGUCAUGGUGACCAAAGGCCGCCGCACCAGCACAUGGAGCAUGACAGCCCAGGGCACCACCUUUGAAACCAUUCCUAGCUCCUCCCCCAAAGACGUGACCGUGGUGAGCAAAGAGAACAAACCUCGCACCAUCAUCGUCAACUGGCAGCCUCCUUCAGAGGCCAAUGGAAAGAUCACAGGUUACAUCAUCUACUACAGCACAGACGUCAAUGCAGAGGUUCACGACUGGGUUAUUGAACCCGUGAUGGGCAACCGCCUAACCCACCAGAUACAGGACCUGACUCUGGACACCACCUACUAUUUCCAGAUCCAAGCUCGAAACUCAAAAGGCACGGGCCCAAUGUCUGAUGCCGUCCAGUUUAGAACCCCCAAGACUGAGUCCUCUGACAAAAUGGCUAAUGACCAAGCCUCAAAUCUUCCAUCCAAGCCUGGACCUCCAGGCAACCAACUUCCCCUGGAUCCCGGCUCUGCAGUUGGCAAAUCAGGAAUGGGAAACAGUGAAAGUCACAUCCUGGUCAUUGUGAUCAUCAUCUCGGUGGGGGCGUUCACCAUCAUCGUGGUGGUGGUGGGGGCCUUUCUGUGUACACGGCGUACCACAUCCCACCAGAAAAAGAAACGAGCGGCCUCCAAGUCCUCCAACGGCUCGCAUAAAUACAAGGGGAACUCCAAGGACUUGAAACCCCCUGAUCUUUGGAUUCACCACGAGCGUCUGGAGCUCAAACCGAUGGAUAAGUCGCCGGAGCCAAACCCGGUCAUGACCGAAACGCCAAUCCCUCGCACCUCCCAAGACAUCACUCCGGCUGACAGCGGCAUGGACGGCAACCCCCACCUGCAGCAGCGGCGCAACUCUUAUCGUGGCCAUGAAUCAGAGGACAGCAUGUCUACACUUGCAGGCCGACGGGGGAUGAGGCCUAAAAUGAUGAUGCCUUUUGAUGCACAGCCACCUCAGCCUGUAAUUAGUGCUCAUCCCAUCCAUUCCCUUGAUAACCAUCAGCACCAUUAUCACAUGGGCAGCCUGGCGUCACCAACACGCAGCUACCUCUACCACCAAGGCAGCGGGCACCCCCGCCCACAUGCCUGCGCCACCCCCAUCUCCCAUCUCGACAGGGUGGACUCCACAGAGUCGGUGAGGAAUACACCUUGUUCGGACCCUCUGCCGCCAGCUGCCUCAUCCUCGCAGGCCUCCUGCCCCUCCGAGAUCCUGGUAGACCCCGAGGGCAGCUACCAUGGCUCCACCACCACGGAGGAGGAAUCGUGCUACACCGGCAAUUUGCCUCCCCUCCGCUCAGCCCACCCCCACGCUCACGCACACCCCCUGAAGAGCUUUGCUGUACCUGCCCUCCCAGCUACGAGUCACCCCUCCUUUGAGUCCCCCGCCCUGCCCAGCACACCCCUGCUAGCUCAGACUGGCCCCCCCACACACCCCCAUGUCGUCAAAACCGCCUCCAUUGGGACUCUGGGAAGGACUCGAACACCAAUGAUCGUCACUGUGCCCAACGCCCCGGACAUGCCAGAGACCAGCAAGAUGCUUGAGGAUGUAGACAGCGUGCUUGCCUCCCUGCCCCCCUGCCCCUCCCCCGCCCCUCGCAGUAACCCUGUUCCUCUCCCUCAGAGCUACGAGCCUGACGAGUUGACCGAGGAGAUGGCCCACCUGGAGGGCCUCAUGAAGGACCUGAACGCCAUCACCACAGCACCGUGAUCACACACACACACACACACACACACACACACACACACACACACACUACACACCAUCCAGGUAGAGACGUGCGUACAGGAAAGUCCAUUCAUAAAAAGCAUCAUCUUGGGAGGCCCGUGGACACGCCAUGACAAACCUUUCAGUCUCAGGAAGGAGAUGGCCAUCGGAGGGACGCAAAGUCAGACACUUCUUUCUAUGAAGAACCAUUCUCGGAGAGCUUUGAAUUAGCUGAACUGUCAGUCAACAUGCAAACGUUUGUGUUUGUUGGGGGCCGCACCCCCAGCGUGCACGUCCACCGCCGUGCACGUCCAUGUCAAAAGUCCAACAACAUGCUGGUAUUGAUGUUGGUUUCUUUGUGUGCAUCUCAUUGGGCGAGCCAUCUUGGCGUUGCAGGCCCACAUGAGUCAUAAAUAGUCCUUCUGUUUUUAUCCCAUGACUGCGUAUUGUUUUCUAUGUUAUGAUAUACUUUAUUUUUACACACUUAUAAACAUGUACAUAUGUUGUUUUUUUAACUGCCUCGUGCUUUUGCGUUCCUCGUGAGUGGGAUCACACAGGAGAGUGGUAAACUUCUUACAGCGGGCGUUGGAAUGGAUUCUGUGUUGUGUUGCUUACCAGGGUGUUUGCGGGUGGGAAGGUCUUCAGCGUGGGACUGGACCGCAUGUCCUCACAGGCCGCCGUCGGACUCAGGGUGCUAACCCCCUUCCUUCUUCCACGCCCUCCCAUUGCAGUCAAACAAUCGCCUACAACACACAAGACUUGUCUUUUAUACAAACGUUUGAAUGUGUGCGUUGUUUCCAAAAAUGAACAAAACACAAUAAGUGGAGUUUACACAACUUCCUGCUGCUCCUUGAAUGCAGCGUCACGUCAUAGGAUGCAAAGAUGUCGGUCUUUAUUUCUAUCAGGGGUGUCCAAAGUGCAUUUUUUAUUGGCCCAUUCCAACGAGGAGAUAUUACACCAAUUUGCAUUUCUUGUAUCUUGUGAUACACAAAAUAUGUCAAUUGGCGGCAUGCGUCCUUCAAUUAGGAUAUUUGGACAGCCCUGAUUGACUUUUUGUUGUUGUUUGAAGAAAAGCAAACUCUUCCACGAAGCAAACGUCUCGUCUGGUUCUCCAUCCCUGCUACCCAAAGAAACGAGUCAUUUACAAAAUGGUACUUUGGUGAUGUCUGUCAUACAUGUCCAUGGUCAUGAAUGUCGGUAGAAGUGGAAGAGAUUUGAUGUAUGGAUCCAUUUUUGGAGGUGUGGAGGGAUUGGUUAAAAAAAUGGAAAGAAAAAAGCACCAGACUCCAUUUGGGAAAGAAUCUAUUGAGUUGUAAACAGUUCAGCCUGUAUUGCACUUUUUCACAAUUUUUGAAAAGUACAUUUCUUACAUAUCUUGUGUUUUGAAUAUCAAAUGCUGUUUGUGAAAUGUAGUGUCCUAGGUAAGCAGCAGGCAGCUGGUCUUGUUAUGUUUUGGGUUUUGGGGUUUUUUUGUUUGUUUCUUUGUUUGUUUGUUUCUGCUCCAGAGAUGAUAUGAAUUUGAGCAGACAUGCUCAUGAUGAGGAAUUCAGUUGUUGCUUGUUCAUGUACAGAGCUUUCUUUGCUUUCUGUAGGAAAACAAACCCAUAUGUGGCUUUUUAAGAAAACGAUGAAAACAUGUUUGGGAAAAAAGGUGUUUUUUUAUUGAUGUAUACAAACUAUUAUGAAUACUAACAAAAUAAACGUUUCUGACCGUUUUCUUUCAUGACAUAUACCACAAGAUGAAGAAGGCAAGAAGUUGUCUUGUUCAUGAUUAUACUGCACUCGACAGUUUUUCAAUGCUAACAUUGAAAAACUGAGGCCACAAUACUACAAAGACUGAUAUAUUAUGGGAAUAAAAUCAUGAUAGUCAGAAAAUAUUUACAAGGAAAAAGGUGAUGUAAAAAACAAAACCACCCAUCAAAACAACAAAAGAAAGUUGUAAAAUGAUAUGAUGAUGAUGAUGAUGGGGAAAAUGUCAUUUCGCAAGCAUGAAGUUGAAGUAUUAAAGGAAAAAGUGACAAUGUGAGAGAGAAAAAACUAAGAUGGGGGUGUAUAUUUGGAGAAUCAAGUCAAAAUAAUGUUAGACUAUUGAGAGGAAAAAUAUACAAGAAAAAACAUUUGAAAAUUAUUAAACUAUAUCCAAAUAACAUAAGAAAAAAGUUGCUUUUGCUAAUGUUUUUUUAAAGAAUGAAGUGGCAAUAUGAAGGGGAAUAUAAUUUUUUAAAAAGUAGACAUAUCAAGAAAAAGCCUUGAAGUUGAACUUACAUGAUAUUACAAGAAUAAAGAAAAACACGAAGUUGAAGUUGAAGUAUUUGUAAAAAUUAAAAAAAAAACAGCAUAAAUGGGGAGGAGCAGUGAUUUUGCAAGAAUAAGGCCAAAAUAUUGCUAAUACUAUGGUAAAAUAUUUUUACAAGUAAUAUGAGGGGAAACAUUGGGAUUUCAGAUGCAGAAAGAUGAAAAUAAAAGACAUAAUAAGCCAUAAUAUUACGACAGAAAGCAAAACGAAUAAUUUUCAAUUUGUGAAAAGUUAGAAUUUAUUUCCAGAAUAAAUUGAAAAUAUUGUGGGAAUAAAGUAAUUGCAGUCAAAGGGGCAAAAGUUUAACAUUUCUAAAAUGUAAAAUUAAGCAAACAUUUGAAAAAGCAACAAUUUUAUUAGAAUAAAGUCAUAAUAGGGAAAAAAAUGAGGAAGAAUA